UUUUGGAAGGCCGUAAUCCAAACAAUUCACUUUUUUUGCCCUAUCCUCCCCCAAAUUGAUUCCUUUUCCCCAUUCCACCUGGCUACUGGCCUGUCUGAUCCGAUAUUUUCGGAUAUCCGAGUUUUUUUAGAUCGAGAUCCGCUAAUACUAGUGUCAUCCACGUUUCCAAAACCCUGUGGGAUUUUUUGAUAAUUCUCCUCUUUAUUUGCAGAUAUGUCUUUUUAACUCGUUCAUCCCGAGCAGAAAAUUUGGUGAUAAUUACGGACAGUCGUACCGAUGCUCUUGAAAAAUCUCGUUUCUUGGCGAAUCCAUAUGCCACGUUAAUGACUCAAGCAACAAAAGUAACAUCUGCACUUGCACCACUUCUUGACGUUGAUGCUAUAAACGCUGAGGCUGAACUUCGGUAUUUAAGAGAACGACAGCGAGCGGCGGAGGAUGAGGCUGCUAAACUCAGAUCGCACAAUGAAGCAGGAUUUGAGCAUAUUUUUCAACUGGAUUUGCCUGCUCGUCCACGUAUUUUGCAGCGAGAUCCACCUGUUGAUUCUACAGUUUGGGAAAAGUUUCGAGCUUCAGAUGGGCAUAUUGAAGAUGCGCAUGGUCUUCUUUGUUUAGUAUUUAGAGGUGGAAUUGUGCCCGAAAUGCGUUGUACUAUUUGGAAAUAUAUCCUUGGAUAUUUUAAAUGGGAAUGGUCUGAUGCUAAAAAUGCUGAGAAUCGAACAAAACUCGAAGAAGAAUAUUAUCGAAUGAAGCUUCAAUGGGUAACAAUAACGGAGGACCAAGCAAGUCGUUUCUCUAGCUAUCGUGACAAAAAAGCUUUGGUAGAAAAGGAUGUAGCACGAACAGAUCGAAGCCAUCCAUAUUUUAAUCAAUCUAAACCUAAACAUUUGGAAUUACUUCAUGAUUUGUUGAUGACUUAUUGCAUGUAUGAUUUUGAUUUGGGUUAUGUACAAGGAAUGAGUGAUUUUUUAAGUGUUCUUUGUGUUGUGCUUCGGAAGGAAUCGGAUAUUUUUUGGUGUUUUGUUGGGCUAAUGGAACAUGUGCACAAAAAUUUUGAAUUAGACCAAGUACAUAUCAAAACACAAUUGUCCCAGUUGAAGAGUCUUGUUGAAAUUGUGAACCCACGUUUGGCUAUUUAUUUGGAAAGUCAAGAUUCUGAUCAUAUGUAUUUUUGUUUUCGAUGGAUUUUGGUCUUAUUUAAACGAGAAUUGUCUUUUGAUGAUUGCCAAUAUCUUUGGGAAGUUCUUUGGACAGGAAUACCAUGCCGUACUUUUAUGCUGCUUUUUUGUGUUUCUAUUUUGGAUACACAAACUGAUAUUAUUAUUGAAAAUCGUUUUGGUUUAACAGAAAUUUUGAAGCACAUUAACAAUUUGUCUAUGCACAUUGAUGUACAAAAAACCUUAUGUACAGCUGAAGCAAUUUACCAUCAAUUAGCAGCAGUUCAAGACAAAUUGCCUAGGCACAUUUGUGAAAUUUUGAGUUUUAAUCAUGCAGAAAGUAUUUCUUGUAAUAAUAAUGAAAGAAAAGAAAAUGGAAAAUAA